GAAAGAAAAGGUAAUCCGAGUAGGAACACUUAAAAUAACUCCUUUUAUGUUAUUCCACGCCACCUUCUCCUUCGACAGCCUUAUAAGACAUUAAGAACAUGAAAGGCUGACAUAUUGUACAUGAAGUUCACAGACCGCUGAUGAAGGACAAAUCCUCGUGAUGUGUGAGCUCUAAACGUGGAGAGUGGAGAGAAAACAAAGUGAAAGCACCAUGAACCUUCAGAUGCGAUGGACUCUUCUUAUCUUAUUGUUUCUACACAACACAGAUAUCUCCUGGGCAGUCAGCUUCAUCGUCGUUGGUCCUUCUAAGCCCGUCGUCACUUAUGUCGGUGAAGAUGUGGUCCUGCCAGCCUCCCUCUCACCAGCUCUUAAUGCUGAGGCCUUUGAAGUGAACUGGUUUACAACGGACAUCAGGUCACCAGAGCUGUUAUACACCAAUUACAAUAUUGGGAUACAGAGUGACAGAAGAAGAACUCUGAGCAUAGACAACCUCAAGAACGGCAACGUGUCUCUAAUAAUCAGAAAUGUCCGUGUUUCUGAUGAACAGCUCUACAGAUGUAAUGUGUACUCUAAACAAAGAGAAGAUGAGACUCAGGUCUCACUCACUGUUGAAGUUUUAGGUGCUCAGCCCUCCAUUUCUAUGAGCUCCACUGAAGGCCAGAAGACCCGACUGGAGUGCAGCGCUGAGAAGUGGAACCCCCAACCAGAAGUCACCUGGAGGGACAUGAAUGGGGCAGACGUGACGUCACAGUCCACAAUAAAGUCAGAGCGGGACUCCGAGGGUCUUCUGAGAGUGAGCAGCGUCCUCCCGGUGAAGGAGGAGUACAACGUGUUCAGCUGUCUGAUGAGAAGUAAAGCACCAAAGCCAGACUGGCACUCCAGACUCAGUAUCUAUAGUUUCUCCCCAGGGGUCUCUGGCUGGUUGGUGGCUUUCUGUGUCUUGUUGGUUCUUUGCUUAGCGGUGACUCCCCUGCUGGUCAUUCAAUGGAGAAGAAUGAGAGAAACAAACACCAGAUAUGAUUCAAUAGGUGAGUACAAUUUUAAAUUUGCUGUUCUCUAAUUUAGUUUCAAUUUCAUUUCAAUGUGUGAAUGAAGGAGAAACCCAAAAUAAACUUCUUCAUCCUAGCGUUUAUCCCACUUGGCAGGGUCCGCUUUUCUGCAAAUCCGUCUCCAUUUGGCACGAUCGAGGGAUCUUCUGGGGCGGCAUUGAUGGUCUUCAUGUAUUCCUUUAUUCUGUCCAUCCACCUGUUCUUCGGCCUGCCACGUGGGCCCUGACCAUCGGGAUCAAG